AUGGAGCCCGCUACGCUGACGAACUCAACGGACCUGAAGAUUGGGGAGCUCUUGAAGGAGGUCCAGCUCGACUAUUCACCUGCAUUCACCAAGGCCGUGGACGAUACCGUUUUAGCCAUAGAGUCUGGUUUGACACUAGCAUGCAUAGACAAAUGUAGAGAUGGUGGAUUUGAAGAAAUUUUUAUGACCACAGUGGACUAUCCUGUAAAAUAUGACCACAUCAUAAGGUUGAACUUAAAGGGGAACAGUGCAGUUUAUACAUCAGGAUUUUGCUUUGAUGAUGAAUGUUGGAGAUUGUAUGAGCAGAAGGUGCAGAGUGUUUUAAUUCAAGGGUUGAGUGACAGAGUGAAGACUGUACGUGUUACCUGGAGAAAUAUUUUAUCAGACCACAUCAUAAAAAAUGUACGUCAUCCAGUGGAUUGUCAACCCUGAAUUGGAAUUUCCGAGAGCUCUCUGGAGAAAGCUUUUAGGCUUGUUGAUAUUGGUCCAGAUGCUGAUAAUAAAGAGGAGGCUCUUUAAUUCUGCAAGUUCUGGGGGGAAAAGUCGGAGCUCAGGAGAUUUAAAGAUGGUAAAAUUGCAGAAAGCACAGUUUGGGAAAGUGAGCAAUGGAGAAGACAUAUUAUCUUAAAAGGGAUUUCCGAGUAUGUGCUUCAGCGACAUCUUUCUGUAUCAAAAGAGAAUAUAAUGCACAUCGUGGAUCAACUUGAUUUCUCAUUGCUAUAUGGUGCUGGAGAUCCUAUAUCAUCUUCUGGGAAUUUGCUUGGGGUAUUUGAAAUUCUAUUGAAGCGCUUGCGGCUUCUUGAAGACAUUCCACUGAAGGUUUCUACUGUGCAGCCCCUAGAUUCAGCUUUCAGGUUUUCAUCUGUCUUCCCACCUGAACCUCAUCUGCUUGCUAAUGAGAAGGGUGCUUUUGUAAGCCUACAUAGGUUCACUCCUUCCUGCAUUCAUCCGCUGGAAGUUAUGAUCCAGUUGGAAGGUUCUGGAAACUGGUCAAUGGAUGAUGUAGCAAUUGAGAAAACUAAAUCUGCCUUCCUUCUCAAGAUUGGAGAGAGUCUCCAGAAUAAUUGGGGGAUGACAUGUACCGCUACAGAGGAUGAUGUGGAUGUUUUUGUUUCUGGAUAUGCAUUUCGCCUGAAAAUUUGGCAUGAGAGAGGCCCGACUUUGUUGAGACAGGAAACGGGAAAUGAUCAAGUGAAGCACGUCUAUAAUACAGACAGAGAACUUUAUUUCCGGAGUCAACAUUCCAGCAUGAUUAAUGGAUUACAGGGUUUUUAUGCAGCAUAUGGGCCAGUUGUUAGGCUUGCUAAGCAGUGCGUAGCUUCACAUCUGUUUUCGGCUUGCUUGAGGGAGGAGGCAAUUGAACUAUUGGUUGCAUACGUCUUUUUGAAGCCUUUACCAUUCAGUGCUCCGUGCUCACGAAUCACUGGAUUUUUGAGGUUCCUGCGAUUACUAUCAGAUUAUGACUGGAAUUUUUCUGCACUAGUUGUUGACAUAAGCAAUGAUUUGACUCCCAAAGAUAUGAAAGAGAUAAAUGAGAAUUUUAUGUCAAGUAGAAAAACUAAUGAAGAAAAUGUGCAAAGUGUAAAGCCAGCAAUGUUCUUGGCUACAACUUACGACAGGGCAUCCGAGGCCUGGACCAGAUUCUCAGUAAACUCAAUGGAGUUAAAAAGGUUGAUGGCUUAUGCUGGAAGCAGUGCAAACUUGUUGACCAAACUGAUUUCGGAGGAUCAUAAUGAUAAUUAUAGAUGGGAGUGCCUUUUUCGAACUCCUUUGAACAGUUACGAUGCGGUUAUUCUUCUCCACAGAGAAAAAUUACCUUACCCCCAACAUCUUCUCUUCCCAUCUGAAUUAAAUCAAGGGGUACAUGUGGCACGUGGGAAUGCGAGCAUGGUUUUCCACCCAUUUCUGUUGCCUGGAGACAUGAAAGGAAACUCGGAGGCACUACGAAAUAAGCUAUUGGUAGACUUUGAUCCACUGAGGUGCUUUGUUGGGGAUCUAGAGAAAGAGUACCCCAACACCUUCAAGCUGUGGAAUGAUUCUCUGGGUGGUGAUGCUGUUGGCAUAACGUGGGCGAGAUAUGGUUCAAAGAAACGAGGGCGGGAAGAAGCAGAGGAAGUAAAAGAUCCAACUGAUUUAUUAAAAGACAUCGGUAAAGUGGGAACAGGGUUUGUGAGGGGGGUUUAUCUUCUCAAAGCCCCAAGGCUCACUAGUUAACUCUGUUUAUAUUCUAAAAUGCUCAAAGCUUCACGGGUGACAACACUUUUCUCGUGAGCUACUGCUGCUUUUCGACAUGAAGAGCAAUCCUCGGUGCGCCCCUACAAUACUCGCAACAGAGAUAACUUCCCCAGUUAAGGAAUCUUGUUUGUAACAUGUGUAUUAUUUGGUUGACUGGUAAAUGCAAUAUUCGUAAUGAAGUAAAGGAAAUUAUUUGUAUAGUUGUAUGUGUGCCAUGAGAAUUGCACUAUCUGAAACUGUAUCACGUUACAAUUAACGCCUUGAGAGCGGCAUUUUUGUUGAUGAGAAGUUCGAUUGAACUGUUCGU